CGCCCUCUCUUUGUGCUCAGAUCGAUCCACCUGGUCCCGUGAUCUUCGCCAUCCUCACUUGUCAGUCUCCUGCUAUUCCCUGCCCUUUUUGCUGCGAUCUGGGCCACAGCUGUCUACGCCUUGUUUUCUUGCCUGUUUCGCAGUUUUGAGGCGUCCGUAACAGGGUCGACACGACACUGCCUCAGUUUGUGGCCGAUCUGGUCAGCUUUUACUUGCUCAACUUGGAUCUCGCCUGCUUGCUGAAGUCACACGACCGGACACACGCUCGGGCACUGGGACUUUCCUACCCCGAACUCUUAAUUAUUCCACUCGACGUCAGGUUCCGGACAAUCAGCAAACUUUAGGCGAUUGCCUUGACAAGGCACUUGUUGCACGUGGGCAUCUACUUAUUAUAUCAGGCGUUGCCAUCGCCUGCACUGUAUAUUCUGUCGUAUUUCUGCCUAUAGCCACUUCACCAUGCUUCCUCCGAUUCCAGCGUUGGCGGACUAUGGGAUCUCACCGGAUCACGGCUUCCUCCCUCCAGAGCCGCCCCUUGAGAUCCUGCCCGACCCUUAUUAUGCCAAGUGGGAAUGGAUCGUUGCCAACCUGCAGGCUCUCCUGACAAGCCGGAGGAUCCGGGAAGUGGUUGAUCACAUGUCUAUGCUGUCUACAUCAUACCUUCAGUCCGAGGGAGAGUGGCGAAGGGCAUACGUCGUACUGGUCUUUAUGCUACAUGGGUAUGUCUGGGGUGGAAGUCGGCCGGCCGAGAAAAUCCCGCCCCAGCUGACCGUCCCCUUAUUCGACGUCUGCGAGCACCUGGGCCUGCCGCCAGUGGCCACCUAUGCAGGGGUGUGUUUGUGGAACUAUAAGCCUAUUUUCCCCGAGGAGCCAAUCGAAGACCUGCGUAACCUCGACAGCAUCAAUACAUUCACGGGAUCGUUGGACGAGAAGUGGUUCUAUCUGGUUUCCGUGGCCAUCGAGGCCCGUGGGGCCCCCUCGAUCCCGCUAGUGCUGCAAGCCAUCGCGGCGGCGCGGGCCGGGAACAGCCUGGUCGUUACCGAAUGUCUGCAGCGACUCGCCGAGGUUCUCGAUGAGGUGGGGUCGCUGCUGGAGCGCAUGUAUGAGCAUUGCGAUCCGUACGUGUUUUACCACCGCAUCCGGCCCUACCUGGCGGGGAGCAAGAACAUGGCUGAUGCUGGCCUCCCGCACGGGCUGUUGUAUGAUGACGGGAGCGAUGAGCCCGAAUAUCGUCAAUAUGGCGGCGGCAGCAACGCUCAGAGCUCUCUAAUCCAGUUCUUCGACAUUGCCCUGGGAAUCGAGCACCGUCCGACGGGAGAGCGUCCGACCGGUACUCCGCUGAAGGACGAGAAGGAAGGUGUUGCUGGGGCACCCCGCCACGGAUUCAUUCAGGAGAUGCGUUCGUACAUGCCGGCGGCGCACCGGCGCUUCUUGGAGCACGUCAACGCCGUGGCCAACAUCCGCGCAUACGUGGAAGCACGACGCUCGGACAAGGCUCUGUGCAUUGCAUACGACGCAUGUCUGUCUAUGCUCCGGGUGAUGCGAGACAAGCACAUUCAGAUCGUAUCGCGCUACAUCAUCAUUCAGUCUCGGGACGCCCGGGCUAGUCGUCCCGCCCGCGCAACCAGUCCCAAGCGAUCCAUCAACUUGGCAACGGCCCGACAUGGCGAUAAGCCCGAUAGCAAGAAACUACGGGGCACGGGUGGAACCGCCCUGAUCCCGUUCCUGAAACAAGCGCGGGACGAGACGGGCGAGCCAGCCAUCGACGCCUGGGCCCGACGGCUGCUGAGCACGGGGCCAUCGGAGUCGAGCUUCGCGGCGCUGAGCAAGGUGGAUGAAGACCACGAUGGUCAUCUUCAAGUAGUAGGACUGUCAGGGACGUGGGCAGCGGACGAUAGCGAGGGCGGAAUCUGUCAUUGGUAGCGAUGCAUGAUACAAUAUUCGAGCGGAUCGGUAAUUUGCAUAGCAUCGAUGACGACGAUGCGGGAUGAUCCCUGUACAUAGAGCGAUUGAUUAUGACGAGAUUGAUGAAUGAAUGAGUUGGACGUCAUUAUUGUGUUCCUGUUGUGCCUGGAAUGACGUCGU